CACUAGUAAAAUGCAUCAAACUUUCCUACGAGAAAUUUUUUUUACUGGAUCUUCGUCUUCUCCACCAGUCCACUCCCUCGAUCUAUACUUUCUCUCUCUCUCUACUGAUUCUCCGUCCUGUCACUCUGCUUACCGAAAAAUUCGUUACUAUUCGGUUAUUCAAUUGUUGAUGGUGAUUGAAUAUGGAUAGUAACUGAGGCUGGAAUCGUGUAAUGGACUCGAUCUGGAAGCAGAAUGCUGUCCCAAACGUAUGGGAUUUUGUUGUUACGUUAUACUUCGCUCUCGGUUUCGCCGUCGCCAGGUUCUUGCUUGAUAGAUUCAUCUUUCGCAGGUUGGCCAUCUGGUUGUUGAGAUGUGGAGAUGAUCUGCUGACGAUUAAUGAGGCUAAAAGAGCAAAAAUUGUGAAAUUUUCAGAGUCUAUGUGGAAACUUACAUACUAUGCUACUGUUGAGUAUUGUGUUUUAUCAGUUAACUACCACGAGCCAUGGUUCAGGGAUAUAAAGGAGUACUUUACAGGUUGGCCUAAUCAUGAGCUGAAGCCUCCUUUGACCCUCAUUUAUAUGUGCCAAUGUGGCUUCUACAUCUAUAGCUCUGCUGCCCUCCUUACCUGGGAAACAAGGCGGAAGGAUUUCUCUGUUAUGAUGUCUCAUCAUGUUGUCACUGUUAUUCUGAUUGCUUACUCAUACAUGGCAAGGUUCUUUCGGGCAGGUGCAGUGAUUCUUGCAUUGCAUGAUGCAAGUGAUGUAUUUCUUGAAGCUGCUAAGGUUUUUAAAUAUUCUGAAAAUGAGCUUGGAGCUAGUGUGUGCUUUGGAUUGUUUGCCAUUUCAUGGUUUACACUAAGGCUGGUAUUCUUUCCAUUUUGGGUUAUACGAUCCUCAAGCUACUACUUGUGCGAAGUCCUGAACCUGUCAGAGCCAUAUCACAUGGCAAUAUAUUAUGUCUUCAAUACAAUGCUAUUGAUGCUGCUCGUUUUCCAUGUUUAUUGGUGGAUUCUAAUAUGCUCAAUGAUCAGAAGACAACUGAAGAAUAGAGGAAAAGUUGGAGAAGAUAUAAGAUCAGAUUCGGAGGAUGACGAUUAGUCAGAAGAUGAUGCUCAAGUUCUUCUGUAAAGUAAUUUUGCUUGGCGAAAUUGCUUGUGAUUUGAAGGUUCACUUCUGUUAGUGAUUGGUUUUACCAUGUAGGAUAGAUGGAACUCUCUACAAUAUUCCUAGUCCGUGUUUUCUUUUCCUAGUAGAGAAAAAUGUAGGACUAUCUAAUAUUUCACUGGUAUAUUGUGACUUUGAUGUACAAAUAAUAGGUGCUUCCAAAUCAUGUCACCCAAUGUAAUAUUAUUGUCACAAUAAAAUUGUGGUAGCAUCAUUUUUUCCA